AUGGAGCAUGAAGAGACCGGAUGCCACCCCUCUCAGGAAGGUCCUAUUUUGUGCAUCAACAACUGUGGCUUCUUUGGGAGUCAAGCAAACAUGAACAUGUGCUCCAAGUGUUACAAGGACCUGAUAUUGAAACAAGAACAAGCUAAAUUCGCUGCAUCAUCAAUCGAGAACAUCGUCAACAGAUCAACUAGUGAAAACGAGAAGGAAUCUGCUGUGGCUCACACUGCGAAUGUGCAAAAUGACUUGAUGCAAGUGAAGGCCAUAUCUGUGCCAGCAUCGAAUUCUUCGACCUCUUCUGAGGCCAGCAAGCCAAAGGCAAAGGAUGGCCCUAGUAGAUGCAACUCUUGCAACAAACGGGUUGGCUUAACUGGGUUCAAAUGCCGAUGUGGUAACCUCUUCUGUGGGUCUCACCGUUACUCUGACAAACACAACUGCCCAUUUGAUUACAGGAGCGCAGGUCAAGAUGCUAUUGCGAAAGCCAACCCAGUUGUCAAGGCAGAGAAGCUCGAUAAAAUUUAA